CUAGCAAGCCAGCUCGCUCCCUCCCCGUUCUUCUCGCCGGGACACAGCUCUCUCGCCACCGCCGCGGAAGGCGGGGAGCGUGCCCUGAACCCUAAACCCUACAUGCACCCGGCUCCAACAAUGGAGUCCUAGCCGUGCCACCAGCCGCCGCAGCUUGGGCUCCUCCCGGCUGCGGUGUCCGCGGAGCUCGCGCGCCUCGAGGCGCGCCUGGGCUAGGACGACGACCGGUGUGCGCGCGGCCAGCUCGCGGAGCUCGGCGACGCCGCGGCGGGCAGGGUGCUCCGGAAGGUCGCGGAGGCCGGCGCCAGGGUGCGGAACCUGUCCGCCUUCAUCAAGUACCUCGCCAAGCAGGAGGCCAUGGAGCGCACCGCCGCGGGGAUCCCCACCGCCGAGAGCGCCGCCUGCAGCCUCGCCCCCUUCCGCGCCGCCUCGCGAGACGAUUCGAUAUCGGGGCCACUGUACGACAACGAUGGUCAAAUGGAGGUUCAGAGCGCUGAUCGUGAAAUUGCCCUCGGUCUUUCAAACCAUGCAUGGAUCGAGCCUGCGAGCUCUGUCCAGAAGAUGCCUUGCAGAUUGCAGAAUGAGCAGAGUAGAGGUACUUGUAUUGCUCCAGACCUGGAUGGAAUGGAGGUUGAGAGCCCGCCGGAUUUGGACCUCUCACGGCGGCUUGCAGAACCAGCCUCCUUUCUCACCAGUGGCAAAUCGUCGAAGAACCGAAGCUAGAUGCCACGAGAAUGAGAUGCCCGAUACUCUUGCCCGGGGUGACACUCCGAGCCCUG